UUUGAUAGGGGUGAAGUGUUCCCGAUGAACAGGGUUGACCAGAUAAAUGUAGAUUUUUCUCGGAAAAUCCAUACAUAAAAAAUACCUUGGAUAACACAUUAAAGUGCACUUGUGAAUAGUGGGUGCAUACACUCGUCUGCCUUCAUCAGACAUAAUAUUUAUGCUUAUAGCCUUAUUCAGCAUUAUAAUUAUUUAACAAACACCAUUUUCAGAAUUCAAAUCAGUGUGCUAGGCUGAAGCACGGAUUACAUCACAGGAUCACACGGAUAGGUGGAUUUAAAGGAUGCAGUUGUAGGAAGUCACUUCCACCUCACCAUCAUACCAUUUUCCUGUCUACAUAAAUACUGAUGACGUCGUCUUAGGGAAAUAUUCAGCAGAACACACGGGUCCGCGGGAUGGAGCCGAUGGAAAAUGGCGAGUCUGUGUAAACGUCAACAAUGUACCAUCAGAGGACAUGGUUUUCUUCAGGAACUCUACUCGUGGCGGCAUAAGCUUAUUCGAUGUGUAGGCUUCACCAGAUGAUAUUGUUAAAGCAGCAGUAUUCAUAUAAUCCAAUAAGACCUUCCAAGCUUCUCAGAUUCUCUCAUUUCUCCAGUUGCACAGGAGAUUAUGCAGCGAAUGCUUCAAAAGCUUGCCAUGGAAUAUACCUCAAAAACCUAUUCAGCUCAGGAUAUUUCCCCUUCCCAACCAUUACUAAACGGCAGCAAGUACCAAAGCCGGCCAGAAGCACCCUUGCUAGACCCUGCUGCAAACACAACCAGCUGCCUCUUUGAUUACACAGACUCUGAAACCAUUAUUACUCCCUCAUCACAAAACCCUGUCCUCUGUGAAUUUUUAAUGGCUGAACAGGAUACUCCACUGGACCUCACUAUUAAGAAGACUGGUGUUGAGUCCAGUAACCAAGAUGGAGUCCUGGAUCUCUCUACCAAGAAAAAACAAAGCAGAAUCUCUCUCAAGCCCUCUCAUGAAUUUUCUGUUAUACCUGUAGUCAAAAGGCAACCUAUGAACACUGAAGAAAAUGACCAAGAAAGUGAUGAUAAGGAUGGAUUGCAUCUACAAGGCUUGCGAGAUGGUAUAUCGAACAACCAUACUUGCUCUGCCCCUUUCAAACCUCUACUUGCCAAAUCAUUUCUUAUAAAGGAGGAACUCCUAAGUAAGAAGCAUUGCUUCCUUGGACAGCCAUCACCUAUUUCUUUGACCAGCUUAGAGACGGUAGGUUUUCUUAGUUCCAGUCAAACAUACCCUCUCCUGUCUCGUGAUGGAUUCUGGGAGAAACCACAAUUAGAUGGUGUACUUGAGUGUAAAUCUGCUCCCAGCCAUCUUAGCGAUCUAAAGAACCAUCCGCUUGUCUUAGAAAAUCAUGGAACCUUUAACAAAGGUACCAGUUCCUGCUUUAACAAGUCCUUUGAUAUAUUUACCAUUACAUCAAAAAAAGAUACAAGAAACUCCCCUUCAGUUGAUUUAAAAAUUCCACAAGUAAAGGGUAUGGAUCUCUCCUGGAACUCCAAUGGGAACAUUUCUGAGAUCUAUAAUUACAGUUCUGUUACUGUGGGCUGUUUGCAGACAGAUAAUUCUAUAAGCAGGAGGCUCAGGGCCAUUUUACCCAAACAGUGUAGUAGAGAUGGCUUUGAAAGCUUCUUUGAUGGAGGUGGGGUGAGUGAGUAUUUAGUCACCGAUACUGAUCAAUCGACAUCUGGACCUCAGUAUCCAACCUCAGAUCCUGAAGCAGAUCUAACAGUCUCCAAGCAGCCACGCAAAAAAAGGGGCCGAUAUCGCCGGUAUAAUAGUGAGAUCCUUGAAGAGGCUAUUGGUGUGGUGAUGAGUGGGAAAAUGAGUGUUUCAAAAGCACAGAACAUUUAUGGUAUUCCUCAUAGUACGCUGGAGUACAAGGUAAAAGAGAGGAUGGGCACACUGAAGAAUCCACCGAAAAAGAAGCUUAAAAUGAUUAUGAGGAUAGAUAGACAAGACUCAAUUGCUCCAGAAACUGAAACUAUAUCAGCAUCAACUGCCACAUCCAGCACAGUGCAAGAAGAUGUAUUGUAGGUGCUGAGAAAAAAAUAUUAAAAAAUAAAAUGUUUUAACAAAACUAAAUAUUAUUUGACAAAAGGACAGGGCUUUAACUGUGCCAAUUUUCUGUGCUGUAUUUGGAUGUGCACUAUAAACAUCUAAUACAAGAAGAACAAUAUUACAAUUCUUAAUUUUAUUUUUUUUUAAUUUUAAAUUUACAAAAAGUAACCAUUAUUAAAGCCAUGAGUAAGAAAGGAAUUUAUGAAGUAUAAACCCCAAGUUGCCCUUUUUUCUGCUAUCUCAUAUAUCUAGAUACAUGCAAUUAAAAAAAAAAAAAACAAUUUUGGUCAUAAAAUAUCCAAUUAAUGACAUUAGCCCAUUCAAAAAUGAAUCUUUUUCUCUCUUGUCCAAAAAUUGUCUCUCUCAUACUACAGGUAUGUAAUAUAGCUUGGUAAUUAAUGUCUGCAGUGCAUCUUAUUUAUUUGUAUUAAUUUAUUAUUCAUUACAUAAAAAAUGUUAGCUAUGUUGUUUGACGUUAUUGCUUAUGGGAACGAGUAAUUCAGGGAAGCAUUUGAGCAUUUAAAGUGUUUAAAUUAAAUUUUUUCUGCUUUCUUUUGCACUGUACUUUCAGUCUAGGCCUGGGACUUACCAGAUACUAAUGAUUCUUGUGAUUAUUUGGUGACCUGAUUACCUCAGCAUUAUUUGCAUUGCACACUUGGCAGUCUGUGUGGCUCACUUCAUGAUUCUAAAGAAGUGUCCUCCAGUAAAAGCCUUUUUUUUUGGAUGGGCAGGGGGGUUUGUUUUAGGAGUACAUAUUUGAAUAGACUGAUGUUGGAAUUAAUCACACUAAACGGGUAUGUACAGUCUCCUUCAAAAAUAGUCAAAUGGAAAGUCCGCUGCUUUGUUGUCUUUGCUAUACACUGAAGACAUUUUUGUUUGUGAUCAAGGUCAGCUUUCAUUUCCUAUAUACUUUCAUUUAUAAACUUUCCUUUCUAGAUACUUUGUGGAACAAAAUGUGAUCUGAGUGUCUACUUUUGGUUGAGCCCAAGAUUUUGCCCCACCUAUGACGAUUGUAUUUGCAGAAUGAAAACAAGCCAUUCUGAGAAAUGUAACAAUAUUAACAAAAUAAAGAAACCACUGGUUUACUAACAACCAUACAUGAAACAUGGUUGGCAAAGGAAACAGCAGAAAAAACAAUGCACAUUUUGAAGACAUUGAUAGCAGAAACAUAGAAGCCCGUGCCAGAGCAGUAAGAAUAGGAAGGCCAGAUUAGAAUUUGCACAGAUAUGUAAAGAUGACAUACAAAAGGUCUGGAACCAAGCCUAAGCAUGAACCAACGAGAUGGAAAGAGUGGAGAAAAGUCCUGCUUACAAUCCAAACAUACCAGUUGUCAAGUCAAGCAUGGUUCAUCACUCAGUGGUUCAUUACAUAAAAAUAAAAGUAAAAGCAUUACAAAAGAAGAAUAUAAUAGUAUGGAGAUGUCAGUGGGUUGAAGUUAUUCCAGGCUAGGGAUAUGCAACCAUAUAUAAAGCGAUUUCACUUAAAUUUCAUUAAACAAACUGUUUGUAUAAUUUUGCUUAAUUAAAAUUGUGUGGUGAUGUUUUAAAAUGUAGAUUUAAACAAAAGGAAAAUAAAGUAGAAAUUAUUAGCAAUUGUCAUAUAUUCAUAUGAUUUCAAAUGUCUUCAGUGUAUAGCAAAAACAAAAGAAUGGGUUUGUCAUUCCAAUACUUUAGGAGGGGACAGUUGCCAUUGCUUCUAAAGGUGUGGGUAGUAAGUGUGUGCAUUAGAAGGAGUUUAAGUAAAGUUUAAGUUUAAAUUGUACUACUAAUAAUAAGAAAAAGCCCAUGUACAAUAUUUUUCAUUGAAUCCCAAGGUAACUGAGACAAAUAUAUAUAACAAUAAAAUCAAAAUAUUGAUUAUAUAGUCAAACAUUAAAUUACAAUAUAUUUAAAAUUAAGGAUCAAUAAGCAACACUCUGCUGGCAAUAGAACUGUAUGUAUCUGUCAGGUCUAGCUAAGCCAUUAUGUUAAACACUGGCAUAGAGAAAUACACCAUAAGGAUUAUUUGACAGUUUGUCAAGAAACAUCAGAGAAUAGCACUUUUUGUAAAUGAUAUUUGGAAGCAUGUGAUUAUAGCAUUGAUUGCAGUAGCAGGUUAGCUAAUGGUAUGUAAAGUUAAAGGAUGGAACAUUAGUGUCUUAAAAUAACCAAAUUACUGCAGCUCAGACCCAAACUUAUCUACCUUUUAAACAUACACUGGUUGACAACUUGAAUUAGUGUGUAAUGUAUUUGUAGACCUAAUUUUAUGGGGAAAAAAUCUGCUACAUCUGUUAUUUAGUUAUCAGAGCUUUGUGUUUUACCUUUGCAAUUUUCCUGGUGCUCCACCAGCCUGAGUUGAUUGUUGUCUGAAAACCACUUUGUUAAAUGUAUGUUUAUAUGUAUUACUUACUUUUAUUUAUUUAUUCAGUUUCUUGAAUCAAAUGGCAUGAACCCAGGUUGAAAUGUAAAAUUAACCUAAUUUUUAGCCAUCAAAUCUGCAUGUGGUGCAUGCCAUUUUUAUGUAUAUUUGUAUUUAAUGUUUUAGGUUUGUUCCUCCUGUCCUCCAGCAACCUCCUCUUAUAGGCAACUUGUCAAGCUUUCUUAUGUUACAUGCAUAUGAAUGUAUUAGAGCUUUAAAAUUAUUUGUAAAAGAUGACACCUUUUAGGAUUAAAAAUCUUUUACUCUUACAUAUUUAACACAGUACAUCUGUAGCCUUCAACAUUGUUUAUCUCAGGAUAAAUGAAACCGAAGGGGCUGCAAUAUUUGUCAGCCAUAGGAUGACAUACUUCUUUGUAUUAGUAGAGUGUAGAUAUUCCAGUAUAGACAUUUGGCUGUCUUUGUGAAACUGCUAUACCUCAGCCUUGGAAAACACAUUCAUGUGUUUGGAUCUUUCACAUUUGACUCAUAUGACACAUGAGAACUUUUGUCCAAUUUAUGUGCUUUCAGGUAAAACUAAAAAAAAAACUAAAAAAAAACUAAAAGUAAAGAGACUUAUAAAAUACUAUAUAAUGGAUAUUUAUGUAUAUUACUGUGUUAGAACAUCAGGGGUUGUUUUGUUUGUUUUGUCUAAAAUAUAAAUCAUGGUUUAACUAUUACAUUUAUAUGAAUUGCCUACAAUUCAGGACAGGAGUUCCAAAUGGAUACUAUGGUAGAUAGUGUACAGUAUAUGUUUAUAUUGUUGAUUCAGUGAUUCAUUUUUCAUAUCUGCAAAGCAAAAUCUGUAUAAAAUACUUUGCUCUUACCUCACUUUCUAUAGCAUGUACUAUUUUGCUGUAAACAUCUCAGAUUGUCCUUUUUUCUAUUGAGUUUUGCUCUGUAUUGCAUAUCUAGGUACCUCAGGUCAGACCUCUCCAGAGCUGCUAAUUGUACAAAUCUGGACUUACUGUACAUUGUGUUUCUAGAACAGUUGUGUUUUAUUUCUAAUACAAACUUGGAUACUG